CAGCCGGGUCACGCUACGUUGGUAGGUGAACCCUGCAUGUGUGGAUGAUGGACUGACCCGUGAAUAUUAGGUGCAUAGGGCGAUAACUGGUUAAGAAAUAUAAUUUUUCAUAUUUUGACGGUUUGUUUGAGGAGUUAAUUCUUCCACCUGUUGACGUUCUUCAGCACACAGCGGGAUCAGCAUCUCUGAGAGUGUGUGUGAGAGUGUACAUGCCCGCUGGUUCAAAGGGAAACCUGAGCCGGGUUUCCACGGAGAGCAUGUCAACACGGCACUGAGAGUUCCCCCUACGUUGAGAGACUCUCCUGACCCCAGUGGACCUGUGGUGGGUCAGACAGCAGGGGGACCCUGGAGACCCCGGGGGCCCCUCCGAUGGGGGCGAAGGGGCGUCGCAGCAGCGUCCUCCUCAGCCUCCCGGUCCUGAACCCGGAGAGGCUGAAGGCCGCCAAGGCUCUGGCGGAGCGAGCGGUCAAGCAGGGGAAGGUGUUCUCCAUCCAGGGUCCGUACCCCGUGGUGCGGGCCGACCUGAGGGCCCGGGGCUGGGUGGAGCGGCGUCUGACCCCGCCCUUUCAGAAGGCCCCUAGCGAGCGCGGGGACGAGGAGGGGGAAGGAGACGAGGACGGGGAGGAGGACAGGGCAGAGGGCCCAGAGGGCCGCCUGGGGGCCGAGGAGGCGGACAGAGAGGAGGAAGUGGACGGAAUGUACAACCUCAUGUCCCGCCUGGUGCGGAACGAGACCGCCAGCCUGCUGUGGACCAUGAGGAGGGACACCAUCGACUGUAAGUCUCUGAGGAAGGACCAGAUGACCAACCAUUACGCCAACUCCGGCACGUUCACCACCAAGGUGGGGCUGUGCGUCAACCUGCAGAACCUGCUGUGGUUCGACACCGCCGACCCCGACAGCUUCUUCCCACGCUGCUACCGGUUGGGGGCUCAGGACGAGAAGCAGGCCUUCAUAGAGGACUUCAGGAGGACCGCCUGCAGCAGUCUGCUGCAGUAUGUGGUGGAGUCAAGCUGCCUGGACGCUGGUGAUAGACAGGAACACACUGGGGACACUGAGACACUGAAGGGUGGGAAAAGACAAUGCAGGCGGCAAGCGCGUCGAUUCGUCGAUGCAGGAAUGAUCGACAGUGCUCUGCACGUAUGCCAGGAGUUCCUCAACAGCCUGGAACAUGGUGACAUUGAUGUCACCGUGGAAACGUUCACCUCGCUGACGGGAGAGCAAUGGACAGAGUUCCUGCGCGACUACUACCUGGUGGUGCACGGAGGAGCUCGGAUCCAGGGGGCCGUGGAGUUUGUGGAGCGCUGCCGGAGAAUGUUGAGCCGACUGCAUGAAGUCUGCCCACAGCUGGACACAGACGGCCUGCACAACGUCUGGAUCGUCAAGCCAGGGGCCAUGUCCCGGGGACGGGGCAUCAUGUGCAUGAACCGCCUGGAGGACAUCCUGACCCUAGUCCACAGUGACUCCACCCUGAUCAAGGACAGCAAGUGGGUGGUGCAGAAGUACCUGGAGCGCCCCCUGCUGGUUUACGGCACCAAGUUCGACAUCCGCCAGUGGUUCCUGGUGACCGACUGGAACCCGCUCACCAUCUGGUUCUACAACGAGUGCUACCUGCGCUUCUCCACGCAGCCCUACUCCAUCUCCUCCCUCGACAGCUCCGUCCACCUGUGCAACAACUCCAUCCAGAAGCACUUCGCUCCGUCGCGGGCGCGCCACCCGGGUCUGCCAGAUGACAACAUGUGGUCCUGCUCCCAGUUCCGGGCCUACCUGCAGGACCAGGGGCUGGGCGGCUCCCAGUGGGGGGUGCUGGCCGUGCCGGGCAUGCAGCAGGCGGUGGUCCGCGCCAUGCGCACGGCCCAGGACCUGGUGGAGCCCCGCCGGGCCAGCUUCGAGCUGUACGGCGCCGACUUCAUGCUGGGCCGCGACCUGCGGCCCUGGCUGCUGGAGAUCAACGCCAGCCCCACCAUGGCCUGCUCCGCCGUCGCCACCGCGCGCCUCUGCCCCGCCGUGCAGCUCGACACGCUCCGGGUGGUGCUCGACUGGAGGGGCGAGCCCGCCGCCGACACCGGGGGCUUCUACCUCCUCUACAAGCAGGCCGCUGUGGAGGUCCCCCACUACGUCGGGACCAACCUGUUGGUGGAAGGAGCUCCACUGAGACCGGCCCCGUCCCGACCGGCGCCCCGUAAACCCCCCUCCUGUCCUAACCCGCUUCCUCCUAGAGCUUCUGUGGAGCCGUCGCCCCCCGUCGUCCAUAAGACCCCCCCGACCGCAGUCAAGACCCCCGGCCUCAGGCCUCCUCAGGCCCCCACCGCAGUCAAGACCCCCGGCCUCAGGCCUCCUCAGGCCCCCACCACCGAUAAGCCCCCCGGCCUCAGGCCUCCUCAGGCCCCCACCACAGAUAAGCCCCCCGGCCUCAGGCCUCGCCCCGCCUCCAGGGUCCGGCCCUCGGGUACCAAGCGUCCCUCCUCCGGCGACCUCAGGACGCCGCUGCCGUCGCUGUCCCUCAAGAGCCGGCUCCACGGGAGAACUCUGAGCGGCGGACCCCCCGGCCCGGGGGGCAGACCCCCCGGUCUCGGCAGCCGCUCCCACCACAGGUCAGCGCCCGAGCGCCCGGCGCCGCUGGCCCCUGGGGGCCCGAGGGCCUCCAGAGGGCCUCCGGAGGGCCCGAGGGCCCGCCACCCGGGUCUGAGCCAGGGCCAGGACAGGGUGGCCCUGGUCCCCGUGACUCUGCUCUGUUCCCCCGGCCUCCCCGCACAUCGCCCGCCACAGGCCCCGACCCUUACCCUGGCGGGCGGGGAGCCACUGAGUCCCUGGGCACGCUCCCUGCAGGGAGAGGGGAGGCCCCACCGCAGGGCCCUCCCCUCUCUGUCCGGGCCCCUGCCCGACCUGGAGGUGUUCAGCCUGCGGCCCGGGUCCCUGUCCAGGGAGCGGUCCGCUCUGCUCUCCCUCCAGAGCCUGCACCGGUUCAAGGUCUGCUCCCGUCGGCAGACGCUCUGCCGGUACCAGUUCACGGGCGUGGCCAAUCACUGACCAGACCACGGGGAGGCUGGACCAAUGAGAAAAGGAGGAGCUGAGAGGUUUUUUUAUUCGGGGCAUUCAGGUUUUUUGUGUUUAAUAUUUCUAAGGCAAAACAUGUCCAUCAUUUAUUGUCGUCGUAUUCAUCAUCGUAUUUGGAAACUUUGGCACAAAAACGAUUAAAAGCAUUCUGAUGUUACAUUAA